CAGCCCUCUGGGGACCUGGUCCUGGACAAGAUCCCUGAGCAAGCGGCGCUAGGACCCCCGGGCAGUCUGGGAGAUGGGAUGGGCGGGGGGAGGAAUACCUUACAUGGUUCCCCCGGGGUCGUCAACUGAGCCCGCAGCCCAAAAUAGCCCCCGCCGCCUGCUGGCCUGCGUCUGGGCCGGGCGAUGGCUGCUGCCUCCCACCCCGUGGAGUUGGGUUCUCCCUGGGGACCCACUCACCCGGAGCCCCCUCCCACCCGUUUCCACCGUGUGCACGGAGCCAACAUUCGCGUGGACCCCUCGGGGACGCGGGCCACACGCAUAGAGAGCUUUGCCCACGGUGUGUGCUUCAGUCGCGAGCCGCUGGCCCCCGGCCAGGUAUUCCUGGUGGAGAUCGAGGAGAAAGAGCUGGGUUGGUGCGGGCAUCUGCGCCUCGGCCUGACUGCGCUGGACCCCGCUAGUCUGGCUUUUGUGCCGGAGUUUUCGCUACCCGACCUGGUCAGCCUGGGCCACUCCUGGGUCUUCGCCAUCACUCGCCACCACAACCGCGUGCCCCGGGAGGGCCAAUCGGAGGCAGAGGCAGCGGCCCCCAGCCGACCCCCAGGCCUCCUGGUGGAACCAUAUCUGUGCAUUGAGCAGUUCAGAAUUCCCCGGGACCGCCUGGUGGGCCGAAGCCGGCCAGGCCUCUAUAGCCACCUCUUGGACCAGCUCUAUGAACUGAAUGUAUUGCCUCCUACAGCCCGCCGCAGCCGCCUGGGCGUUCUCUUCUGCCCGCACCCAAAUGGUACCGCAGACAUGCACAUCAUCAUCAACGGCGAGGACAUGGGCCCCAGCGCCAGGGGCCUGCCAGCUGCCCAGCCUCUAUAUGCGGUGGUCGACGUGUUUGCCUCCACCAAGAGCGUGCGCCUGGUCCAGCUCGAAUAUGGCUUGCCGUCCCUGCAAACUCUGUGCCGCCUAGUGAUCCAGAGGAGUGUGGUGCACCGGCUGGCUAUUGAUGGGCUCCACCUGCCCAGAGGACUUAAGGAUUUCUGCAAGUAUGAAUGAAGGCCUGUAGCGACGCAGAGCAGGGGGAGUGCAUCCUGCUACCCAAGCUGAGGCUGGUCUGAAACUGGCCACAUUGCUGCCAACCAGGGCCAGAAAUAAACACAGCUGAAGGUGACAUUCUUUUGGUCAUUGGGUCGUCCCCUUGCCCCUGCAGUUUGUGAGAGGCAAUUCUAGAAUCACUGCAGGUCAGCAGAUCAUAGUAAAGACAGCAUUUUAACCUUUUA